GGCUCUAUGGUGACAGAAUAAUACAGCCUACACGAACAAUCUUCAAAGUGACUAUAUGUUGUCCUACCAUGCUGUUUAAACCGCGUCGCGGAAAGAUUUAACAGAUAGUUUAUUGCGAAUAUCAUACUGUGCAUUUCGCUAAUGACAAUGAUUUUUCUACGAAGGAGAGUCAAAUUGUGGACACCCGAUUCCCUCGUGAGCCAUUCCAAUCAUUUGAAUUCCGGACCCAACCGUGACUUGUCGAAGAAAUGUACCCAUGCUCGUGGUUCUGCCUGUGUAUUAAUGGAUGAAGAUGAAGCAGAUGUAGACGUGGAAUUUGCAAGCGGCGGAGAUUUGGAGAAAGUAUCUAUAAGCCCAAGUUCCUGUACACCAACAAGCAAGGAGAACGGAAGCAUUAAAGAAACACCUAAAAGUUCAAAAAAGGUUUGUGCCUUUUUAUAUCUUGUAGUGAUAACCAAUCUCUAUACUCCCACAGAAUAGAAUUUAAAUUCUAGGAAGUGGAAUUGAGUUGUAAAAUAAAAUUCAGUCAAUUACUUGUAUCUCUUCAUGAGAUCCCCUCCCUCCCCCCCUUGACCAUUGUUAGAUAAACAUGCUAAUUAGAAUAAGAAAGAUGGUCAGUUCUGAGCGCGGUAAGAAAAAGAGAAAGUUUUAUUUUUCGGUUUGUGAUGAGCUUGGAACAAAGAAAAAAUUUUGUUUGCCAAAGUGGAAUUGAACCUAGGGAUUUCAUGCCCCGAUGCUCACCACUGAUCAAGCCACAGAGACUCUAUGGUGAGCAAGACCCAUUACAAAGUUCAUUUAAGACACAUUCUGCAUACUGCUAGGAUCAGCGAGCUAUAGAAGUAAAGCAUUGAUUGGUCAUUUUACAGACAUUUAGGUGCAAUGCUUUAAAUGAUGAAUUUCUUGUAUUUUCCUGCUGAACAAUGCUGUGUUCAAGGUAAUAUGUCAGC